CUUUUACAGAUGUGUACUCCAGGAGAAUCUAACAGAUUUGAUGACUUGGAGGAGGACGGUCUAAUUGCUAAUUUAGCAUCCAUAAAAUGUUCUCCUCUGAAAAGUCCUCCGUCAACUGAUGUCGCAUACAAUUCUUCAUCAACUGAUGUCACAGAAAGGCUUUCAUCAGCUGACGUUACAAACAGUCCUAAUACCCCAAAACAGAACGACGUUGAUGAAAAAGUGAUAAAAUCUCUCCGGCGAGUUGACACUCAGAUAAGUGAUGAGCUGGACACGAAGCCUACAUCUGAAAUCUUUGUGAGACACCAAUGGGAGGAUACAAUUCAGGGAGACGGACUUGGAGGAUUUCUUUGUUCAACUACCCUGAAAGACGGGACAAAUCUUCAUGCAUUUUGUUCCCUAGACGCUAAUGGUAUUCUAGCAAAAUCUCUUCAUGUGAAAGAAAAAGACAUUCUUGUAAGUCUAAAUUCUGCACAACUUUUGGAUCCCCCAUCUAUUAGUACAGAGGAUGUUCUGGAACUAUUUAGGACAUUGCCAAUAGGAGAACCAAUCAAUAUGGUAAUCUAUAGCAGGAAAACAAAACUCUUUACAUUUAUUGAUUUUCAACUGGAAGCCAUCAAAAAAGACGAAGUAGCAGAAGAUAUUAUGCUGAAGACAGCGUAUGUGAAGUUGACGUCAUCAGGACAUUUUCCCCCUACUGUUAAAGCUCUGCGGAUACCAAACCAACCGAAGUUUCUGGUGUUUGACGAAGGACGUCUCCAAUGCAGUCAAAUAAAUGACUUUUUAAGAGACUGUAGAUGUCAUUUCAUCGUAAAGAAGUCCCUAAAUGAAGACACCUGGCGUUUUGAAUACAGAUACCAAGUACAAAAAGAUACAUCAAAAUAUCUCGGCAUAAAAGGAAAUACACUGGACCUGAUGGACGAAUCAGACAAAGAAUUAACACUGUUUCAACAGGAGGAAAGAAACGGCCUCGUCCUAUUAAAACUUUCUAGGCGAAACGAUAUGACAGUUAGUUUUAAUGAAGAUCGUGGUGUCUAUGAAGUUCGCCCUCAUUGCUUUGAUCUCAAACCAGAACACGGAAUAAAUAUGGUGCGCACAAACUGUCCAGUGUAGAAAUUCAUCCAGCUGUUAAUCGAUGAUAUUUGUAAACUUCCGAAAAACAAGAUAUCACAAUUGUAUUGUAUUGAAGUAACUCUAGAAAUUAUAAAUUAUUUUUGAUGUGCUUUUUGAAUUAAAGCUGCACAAUUUGUAGUUGUUAAUUUGUCUUCGUCGUCUAUAGUCAGUAAAAUGUCUAAAUAAAACAUAUGUGGCAGACUC